AUGGCUGCCCGUCGUGGUGUCGUGCUCGCCGUCGUCAUUGCGGUCAAGGUGGUCGUUUUCGCAGCCGCGGACAAGUACAAGGCACCGGAGUCCAUACUGGUGAACUGCGGUUCGGCGAAGGAGGGCCAGGACGCGGACGGGAGGAAAUGGGUGACCGACAAGGACAGCAAGUGGCUCAAUGAUGGCGGCAAGUCGUCCAUCAUGGCGGACGCGGACGUCCAGGACCCGUCGCUCCCUUCGCCCGUGCCGUACAUGUCGGCACGGGUGUUCACCAAGGAGACCGUGUACAACUUCCCCGUGGACGAGCAGGACAGGCACUGGCUGCGGCUUCACUUCUACCCGGCGGCCUACCAUGGCCUCCCGGCGGAACAGUUCUUCUUCUCGGUGUCCACAUCCACUGGCAUCACGCUGCUCCGCAACUUCAGCGUGUACAUCAGCGCCAAGGCGCUCAGCCAGGCGUACAUCAUCAGGGAGUUCACGCUGCCACCGGUGACCGGCGGUGCGCUGUCGCUCACCUUCAAGCCGACCGCGAUGAACAACGCGUCCUACGCCUUCGUCAAUGGCAUCGAGAUCGUCUCCAUGCCCAACAUCUUCGCCGAACCAGCCACGAUGGUGGGCUUCGCCGACCAGACCGUCGACACCGCUGCGGGCAGCCUGCAGACCAUGUACAGGCUCAACGUCGGCGGGUCGUACAUUGCCCCGGCGAACGACUCCGGGCUCUCGCGAGAUUGGUACGAGGACACGCCUUACCUCUUUGGAGCCGCUGUCGGUGUGACAUUCCAUGCCAACGAGACGGACAAGAUCAAGUUCCCAAGCCCAGAGGCGGAGUACGCUGCACCGGCGAGUCUCUACCUCAACAGCCGCUCCAUGGGGCCUAACCCAAAGGUGAACCAAAACUACAACCUGACGUGGGUGUUCGAGGUGGACAGCAACUUCACGUACGUCGUUCGGCUCCACUUCUGCGAGCUGCUGCUCACCAAGGUCAACCAACGGGUGUUCGACAUCUACAUCAACAACAAGACAGCGCAGGCAGACGCCGACGUCAUUGGGUGGACGACGGAGAAGGAUGUGCCUGUGUUCAAGGACUACGCGACGUUCAUGCCUGACGGUCCGGGCGACAAGAUCCUCUGGGUCGCGCUGCACCCUUCCACGUCGAUGAAGCCAGAGUUCUACGACGCCGUGCUCAACGGUCUCGAGGUAUUCAAGAUGAGCGACAGCUCCGGCAACCUCGCCGGCCCAAAUCCCGACCCGUCCAAGAUGCUCGAGGAAGCAGAGAUGGAGCUGACACAGGGGAAAUUCAAGGACAAGCCCAGCCACCUCAGGGCCGCCGUGAUUGGCGGCGCGGCCGGCGGCGCGGCGGCCUUUGGGAUCGUCGCUGCCAUCUGCGUCGUGGCGUAUCAGUCCAAGAAGAGGCGGGCGCUGGGCACCAGCGUCUCGCAUUCCUCGGGAUGGCUGCCGGUGUACGGCGGCAACUCGCACACGAGCACCAGCAAAUCGUCCGGCGGCAAGAGUGCGGCACUACUCAACCCCAACAUCACCGCCAUGUGCCGGCACUUCUCGUUUCAGGAGAUCAAGGCGGCGACCAAGAGCUUCGACGAGUCGCUCGUGAUCGGUGUGGGCGGGUUCGGCAAGGUGUACAGGGGCGUCGUCGACGGCGACACCAAGGUGGCCAUCAAGCGGAGUAACCCUUCGUCGGAGCAAGGCGUUCUGGAAUUCCAGACCGAGAUCGAAAUGCUCUCCAAGCUCCGGCACAAGCACCUCGUCUCGCUCAUCGGCUGCUGCGAGGAUGAUGGCGAGAUGAUCCUUGUGUACGACUACAUGGCGCACGGCACGCUCCGGGAGCACCUGUACAAGACCGGCAAGCCGGCGCUCUCGUGGCGGCAGCGCCUCGAGAUCACCAUCGGCGCCGCGCGGGGCCUGCACUAUCUCCACACCGGCGCCAAGUACACCAUCAUCCACCGCGACGUCAAGACGACCAACAUUCUGGUGGACGAGAACUGGGUGGCCAAGGUCUCUGACUUCGGUCUAUCCAAGACUGGCCCCACGACAGCCAUGCAGACGCACGUCAGCACCAUGGUGAAGGGAAGCUUCGGCUACCUCGACCCGGAGUACUUCCGGCGGCAGCAGCUGACGGAGAAGUCCGACGUCUACUCCUUCGGCGUCGUGCUCUUCGAGGUGCUCUGCGCGCGGCCUGCGCUGAACCCGAGCCUGCCAAGGGAGCAGGUCAGCCUCGCGGACCAUGCCAUGAGCUGCCAGAGGAAGGGGACACUCCAGGACAUCAUUGACCCGCUACUCAAGGGCAAGAUAGCGCCGGACUGCCUGAAGAAGUACGCCGACACGGCGGAGAAGUGCCUGGCCGACCACGGCGUCGACCGGCCGUCCAUGGGCGACGUGCUAUGGAACCUCGAGUUCGCGCUGCAGAUGCAGGACACCUUCGAGAACGGUGGCAAGCCAGAGGGCGGAGGCAGUGUGAGCGGAAGCAGCACCGUGUCAGCGGCGGACAGCAUGGCUGCCUCCGCCGCGGCGCUUGAGCUCAUCAGCGAGGACAUGGACGAGGAGGACAUCGCCAACAGCGUGGUGUUCUCGCAGCUUGUCCACCCAACUGGCCGGUGAGGAGGUACGUAGAGUGUAUAUAUGGGCGGGACGUGCGUGGACGCUGAGAUGGAUGAUCGUGCAUGCCUUCUUGUUGUCGUUUGGGAUUUGGCAUUCAAUCACCUGCUGGUGUCCACAUGUAACUCAGAUCAUAAUGUGCGUAUCUGUGUUUCGUUGGUUGAUUCU